AUGACAGAGACGCUCCACAACGCGCCCAUAGUGCUAGACAAUGGGAGUGGGACGAUACGAGCUGGCUUCGCGGGGGAGGACCUCCCGAAAUGCUACUUUCCAUCCUUUGUGGGUAGGCCAAAACAUUUGAGGGUGUUGGCUGGGGCUCUAGAAGGGGAUGUGUUUAUUGGCAAAAGAGCGGAGGAGUUUAGAGGAUUAUUGAAGAUACGAUAUCCCUUAGAGCAUGGCAUUGUCACAGACUGGGAUGAUAUGGAGAGGAUAUGGCAAUUUGUGUAUCAGGAAGAGCUGAAGACUUUGAGUGAAGAGCACCCAGUCCUUCUCACAGAACCCCCCCUAAACCCACGAGCGAACCGGGACACUGCCGCCCAAAUUCUCUUCGAAAACUUCAAUGUCCCGGCACUGUACACCUCCAUCCAAGCUGUCCUCUCACUUUACGCCUCUGGUCGCACAACAGGCAUAGUCCUUGAUGCAGGCGAUGGUGUAUCACACGCAGUACCAGUCUACGAAGGCUUCGCUAUGCCAAGCAGUAUACGGCGAAUCGACGUUGCGGGGAGAGAUGUGACGGAAUAUAUGCAGUUGCUGUUUAGGAAGAGCGGCUAUGUUUUCCACACGAGUGCGGAGAAGGAGAUUGUGAGGAAUAUCAAGGAGAAGCAUUCAUACGUGGCGUUGGAUCCGAAGAAGGAGGAGAAGGAGUGGAUGCAGCAUGCGGGAAGGCCAGAGAGCAAGGUCGUGGAGUAUCCGCUACCGGACGGGAAUAAGAUAAAAAUUGGUUCGGAGAGAUAUCGCGCGCCUGAGAUCCUGUUCGACCCUGAGAUCAUCGGACUCGAAUACCCGGGAAUACAUCAAAUCGUUGUCGAUGCAAUUAACAGGACGGACGUGGACCUUCGGAAAUCCCUGUUUGGCAAUAUCGUGUUGUCAGGGGGCUCAACACUCACAAAGGGUUUCGGAGACCGGCUGCUGCAUGAAGUGCAGAGACUAGCGGUCAAGGACAUGAGAAUCAAGAUCUUCGCUCCUCCCGAGAGGAAAUACAGUACUUGGAUCGGAGGUAGUAUUCUUGCUGGGUUGAGUACUUUCCGAAAGAUGUGGGUCAAUAUCGAUGACUGGCACGAGAACCCUGAGAUCAUUCAUACGAAGUUCAACUAG